UCCUGGUGGCGGGAAGUCAUUGCCAUGCUCAUUAGCAUAGCCGCGCUGGUCGCCAUAUGCGGAAUUCUGUUUGCUUAUCAGAACCAGCCACUUUCUGCGUGGCGCUUUCGGUAUCUCCCAAAUUCUAUCGUUUCGCAACUGAUGACCAUUUCGAGGAGUGCUCUCAUGUUCUCUACGGCCAGCAAUAUCAGUCAAGCCCUCUGGGAUUACGUGCCACAAGAGCCCUGGGCCUUGAUUGAGGUUCAAUCCUUCGACGAUGCAAGCAGGGGACCAUAUGGU